ACGAUGAAAGGUAAAAUUGAUCUGGGCGGGAUUUGAACGCAGAAUGAGUUGGAAUAUAUGCCUCCUGAAGUAUGACAGGCUAACAAUCCCAUCAGCAUGACGCCUACUAACAUUAAUUGUUUCUUAUCAACUUUAAUUAUUUAACACUAAUUACUAAUUAUUCUCUCAAAUGUAAUGUAUUGUCACUCCCUGUGUAUCCGGUAUGUUUGCACAGAGAAAAAUUUGGAAAUUAUAAUCUUUUAAUGAUACUGUUGCUGAUGUUGUUAUUAUCUCAAUCAUCAUCUGACUGAAGUUAUUCUUAUCUGCAGUAUCGAUAUUUCAAUCUCGACUAAAUUUAUUACCAAAAGUCACUAUGGAACAAUUCUUAAUGGCAUUUAUCCUGACACUGUUGUUUAUUCACAAUUUUGCCAAGUGUCCUGAACCUAAAUAUUUUGAAUCUUAUUAUCUUUAUGGCACAAAAUGUUGUAAUGCGAGUUUGGAUGUCUUCAAGCCUUUUCCUAACGAAAAGUACCCAGAAAAGCCAAAGUCUUUUCAACUAACAGAUUUCCUGCAAAACAAAGCAAAAGGAAUAAAGGCUGUGUGGAAUGCAAGUUUAACCCAUUUAAAAGGAUUUAAAAUUGAAUAUGAUUUUGAUGACAAAAUCUGUAGAAUUUUGGACGUUACUGCAUUUCUAAAGAAAAAAUCCAUUAGUAAUCAUCACUUUGAAUUUAAUAUACAUCCUGUAAGAAAAAAUAAAGAAAUAUUGGUUCGUCUUUAUCCGUUGCCGGAAUCUGGAAACAGUUAUCUAACUGCUAAAGUUGAUACAUUCAGUAAGGAACCUGAAAUUAUUAUUUAUUUAAAAUCUUGGAGGAAACUAGUGGUGGUGGUGUAUAUUGUGUUAGUUCUUUUGGUUUUUAUCAGUUGAAGAUAUACAAAAGAUUUCCAGGAAGAGAAGGAAACAUCUAGUAUUGAAAGUUUGAAAGUAAGCUUGGUAAAAGACUAAAGUUUUAGCAAGUAGGAAAGACAGACUCUGAUACCAUCAGGAAAAUGACUGUAUUUGAUAUGCAAAAAAGGAAUCAGUAGAAAUUUCAUAUAACACACUCAAUGUAAAUUACGGACAUAAAACAGGUGUAGUGUGGUUACUGGCUUGCAGAAAAGGUAGAUUUGGUUUGCACAGGAGAAGUCGGCAGUUAGAACUUAUGUAAAAUAAUGUCUUUUAAAUGCUCAGAAAACCUCUUAGUUGAUAGUUAUUGUUACCUGGUUGAGCUAAUUUACUGUGUGAGUGUUCCAAAAGCAUAGAAGCUGUAGGAAGAAUAAGGUGGUAAACGUUGUCAUUGAUGAUAAUGUUGAAAUGGAAGGUUAAAAACUAUUUGUUAUUUCUGUGUUUUAAUAUUGAUUUGUAAUUUGACUACAUAUGUAGCCAGUAUUCAAAUUUUGCCAUAAAGUUUGUAAGGCGUAGGAGUGGCUGUGUGGUAAGUAGCUUGCUUACCAACCAAGUUCAGUCCCACUGCAUGGGACCCUGGGCAAGUGUCUUCUUCUAUAGCCUGAGGUCGACCUAAGCCUUGUGAGUGGAUUUGGUAGACGGAAACUGAAAAG